CCGUCCUACUCGUAUUUGCUACGCGGCCUCCGUCUCUAGAGUUGUGUCUUCGCCUCCUUCUCCGUUUGCUCACGCGCCCCAACCCAACCCAUGCAACAUACUACCCGUACUUGGGCUCACGAACCAGGAUCCCGCAUUGGCGUGACAGCCCCCUCCCUCCCACGCCAGGUGUUCAGCGGCUUAAGGCGCCGCCUUUCUCGCUCACUCUCUCUCCACCGCGCUCGGGCUCGUGUUGGUCGCACGCCGGGACCAGGGGGCGCGCUGGGGGUCGCAGUGUUUGCUGGCCGCGGCCGCAAUUUGUGCUGAUCUAUCAGGAUAAGUUAUCGCGCGCUCCGAGCGUUGUUGAACAAGUGCUGGUGUGGACUGUGGUGGUCCUUUCGGCACUGCCCUACCGACGGCGGGUGGUGGCUUAGUGAAUGGGCU